CCCAUUUCUCGUUUGGCUGUUGCCUCGAAUGGACGGUUAACGGAAGUUUGCUAUAAAGUUGAAAAAUAUAGAGAAAACCAAAAUAUAUCAGAACCCAAAGCAAUUCGUCUUGUGUGUGCAAGUUGAUGGAUAAAAGAAUUCAAAAGUGCUGACAGUGCUACCCGGAAAUUGGAACACCAAAACGUCAACAUAAUUACGCGGCAAUAAUUUUCGAAAAUCCAAAAAGAUCACCAGCAAUCAAUUGGUCCCGUGUGACACAGAUUGCGGCGGGUCGAGCAAAAGCGAAAAGUGCUGCCUAUUGGAUACCUAUUUAGACACCGAUCGUCGGGAAGUGCACUUCGCAUACAGGAAAACAGCAUUAUGAUGUCCAGAACAGAUCUUCUAAUCGCCGGACUCCUACUGAUCGUGGGCAGUGCCGCGGUGAUCUCCUACCCACAAUCCUCGAUGGACGAUGACCAAAUGCAGGCCGAUGAUGACUUCGACUACGGAGGCGAAGACCAGAGUGCGCCCAGUCCGCAGACGAAGUCCCCCAAUCCUGUAGCCAGCGAAAAGAUCAACAAGACCCUCAGUGUGACGGGAAUCCGUGGCGAGGAUGUGGUUCUCAAGUGCGAUGUGGGAAGCAAUUUGCACAGCUCAGACGUGGUGGUCUUGUGGUACUUCGGCGAUAAUGUCAUUUCCAAUGGCAAGAACCUGGUGCAGCCCAACUUCAAACUGGACGCCAACUACGACCUGACCAUCCUGAAGGCGAGUCCCCAGGUGGCUGGCAGCUAUCUCUGCAAGGUUCUGCCCUCCGGAUCCGUGGUCAACACGAAGGUGACCAUCGCCGAGCAUUCCCUGGACGCCAUUGCCCCGGAGAGCUCCACAUCCGCGGCGGGAUCUGCGAGCAGUUUUCUGGGAUGCACUGUCCUGGCAUCGACCGUGUUGCUCCUCCUGGGGAUGGGCGCACAUUAGAUUAGUUUAGUAUAACGCUGGUGGAGCACUGCCACCUCUUCUACACUCUCCACUCUUCUCACAGGAAAUGAGCAUUUGAAGUCUUUGUUGAUUGUAAAUUUUUGUAUUUGUAAAGACACAAAAUCAACUUUAUUUAUUAAAUAAAAAAGGAACCAAAGUAAACUUAGCCACAACGAUCGAUCACUGACCCCCGGAAAAAGCACAGAUUGAAUCCGUUUAGUUUAUUUUAUUUGCUUACUUAACAUGGACUCAACGAAAAUUACAAUAUUCAUGUAAGACACUGGCUUUAAGUAUAUUCUUUUAAUAUAUAUGAUUCUGUGUAUAUAUGUGUAUAUGCUUCAAGGUCGGCUUU